AUGCAGCCAAUCACCAACAUCGUCUCCGCCGGCGCUGCGACCGAGGAGGAUACCACCCCCGUGAACUACGGCGAUGGCUACCACAUGUGCGUCAUCUGCUAGAUUCUCACUGGAUCCUCGGUACGGCCGGAUCAAGUUUCACCUUUGUCUUUCCUUCGCGACAAUCGAUCGAUCUUCACCGCCAACUUUUCUUUUCGGGUAUCCAACGGCUUUCUUGGGGUAGUGGAGGGUAGUAGGGGAGGCGCAGAAGGCUGUCUUUUGGUUAUUCGAGCAAGUGGACUGGAGGUGCAAUGUUAAAGAUGUAUAGUAAAGGGCUAUUUGAGAUGG